AUGGGCAACGUAGACACCAUAAGUAUCCCGGAGCUCACGAUUAUCGAGUUCCACAAUGCUCUACGUGAGAAAAGGACGACCUGCGCCGAGGUUGUGGAAGCAUACCUCGCGCGGAUAUCGCAGUACAACGACACCCUCAAGGCUCUUAUUACCGUCAACAAGAACGCCCUAGACGUCGCACUACAGAGAGAUCAAGAAACAGAGACGCUUCUACAACGUUCCGAAGACAAUGUCUUCCCGCCUCUCCAUGGCGUCCCCAUCAUACUGAAAGAUACCUACAGCACAGUCGACAUGCCCACAACCUCAGGCAUCAAAGCGCUACACUCGCUACAAACAAACGACGACGCAUUCGUCGUCGGCGAGCUGCGCCGCGCCGGCGCCAUCAUCCUGGGAAAGGCCAAUCUCCACGAAUUCUCUCUCGAGGGCAUCACGGUCUCCUCGCUGGGUGGGCAAACGCGAAACCCCUACGACCUCACGCGGACGCCUGGGGGUUCAUCGGGAGGGACGGCCGCUGCUCUCGCGGCGAACUUGGGGUUGGUCGGCUGCGGCGGGGACACGAUGAACUCGCUGCGGUCGCCUGCGUCGGCGUGCUCGAUUGUCGGGUUCCGGCCGACGAGGGGCCAGGUUUCGCGGAGUGGGAUUGUGCCUGUGACGGAGACGCAGGACGCAGUUGGUCCGAUGGCGCGGACGGUGCGAGAUGCGCGGGUGUUGUUUGACGUGAUGAAGGGGGAGGAUACGGGGGAUCAAGCGACGGUGGAUGAGCUGCGUCACCGAAGAGGCCAAGGUGGUAAUGGCGAAGGGGCGAUUCGGGUCGGUGUGCUGCGGGCGUUCUUUGCGGACGAGGAUAAUGUCGAAGGGGCGAUGGUCAACCAGACAGUCCUGGAUGCACUGGACAAAGUCAAGGUCGAUAAGCGGAUCGAAAUCGCACCGCUGUCUCUGCAGGAUGCGACCUGGGACAUCCCCAGCCUCAUCGCUACGGCAGACAUGCAGUCAUACGAGUUCCGCAGCGUCUUCGACGCAUUCCUGCGGUCUCCAUUAAUUGCAUGCACGCCCCAUCGGACACUGGAAUCGAUCGUCGCGAGCGGCGCGUACCACCAGGAAGCCGUGACACCGGUUCUCCAUCGCACGCUACAAACGGCUGGUCCGUACACAAUGGAUGGUGCAGAGUACCGCUCUCGACUUGAGACCAUCGGCGCUCUGAAAGAGUCCGUGGAGGCGUGCUUCGUGGAACAUCGCCUGGACGCCCUCGUCUAUCCGCAUCAGAAACAGCUCGUUGUUCCUAUCGGGGCCAUGGCCCAGCCACAGAGGAACGGUAUACUGGCUUCCCUGACGGGAAGGCCAGCCAUCUGUCUCCCUGCCGGCUUCAGCCCGCCGACGCAGUCUGCCCCGGUGGGCGUCCCAAUCGGCCUGGAACUCAUGGGCCAACCCUGGCGAGACGAUGAUCUACUAGACCUUGCCGAGCACUUUGAGACGAUCAUCCAGGGCCGAAAACCCUCACCCUUAGCAUAA